CAUAAAUUACAAUAAUUAAUUAAGUUAAUCCAUAAACCAAUACACAAUUAAACAGUGGAAAAGUGCUUUAUUAUCUGAUUAUACAUUGCUUUUCACUUGACCACCAAACAAAAUGCUUCCUCUACAACCCUUUCUCCCAUGGCUGUUUUCCCUCUUAUUCUUCUUACUUCCUUUCGUGGCAAUAAGCGCUGAAGAUUGCCCGGCAACAUCCUGUGGAGGCAUAACGAUUAAAUUCCCAUUUCAGCUACGCAACAGUAAUCGACUUCCAGGUGGCAACAGUUUUCGUUCUCGUUGUGGAUAUCCAGGUUUUGGUCUGGGUUGCAAUUCCCAAAGCCAGGCAAUUCUUUCUCUAGCGUCAGGCGCAUUUGUUGUUCAAGAAGUCGACUAUGCUAUCCAGGCCUUGUGGAUCAAAGACCCACAAGACUGUCUCCCAAAGCAGUACCUGCACGGGCUGAUAAGCUUCUCUGAUUCUCCUUUCUCUCCGGAUUCUUUCAACAACUUCACAUUUUUCAAUUGUUCUUCAAACGUCACGUUGCCGAGUAAUCGGUAUAGACCUAUUAGUUGCCUCAGUGAUCAUAACAACACGGUCAUAGCUUUGCCAACGAUGUUUUAUGAUGAGUCGAGGUUGCCGGAGAAUUCGUGUGAAGCAACUGCGACUGUUUCGGUUCCUGUUUGGGGGUUUUGGUCUAAUCUUGAAGACAGCUUAAAGUUGACAUGGAGUUCUCCGUCUUGUGAACUCUGUGAGCUGCGUGGUCAGGCUUGUGGCUUCAAGAAUAAUUAUGGUUUGGAGGUUGAUUGCUUGGAUCCUUCAGACUCCAAUGGCCUAUCAAGAGGAACCAGAUAUGGCAUAAUCCUUGGAGUUGGAAUACCAGGGGCCCUGUGCAUUGUUGGGCUCGGAUGUCUCCUCCGUAACAGGGCUAGAAAUUACAAUCAUAGUCAGCGCCACCAGCUCAACGCCGAAUUGUCCAACUCAGUUGCACGGCCGCAACGGGCAGCGACUGUGACCGGUCUCGACGGACCCACCAUAGAAUCGUACCCAAAAACUUUGUUAGGCGAGAGUGGACGACUGCCCAAGCCUAAUGACAACACCUGUCCGAUAUGCUUAUCUGAGUAUCAACCAAAGGAGACCUUGAGAACCAUACCUGAAUGCAACCAUUACUUCCAUGCUGAUUGCAUCGACGAAUGGCUCAAAAUGAAUGCCACGUGUCCGUUGUGCCGCAAUUCGCCAGAGAGUUCCGCUGGAACCCCUUUUUCUACCUGGACAUCUUCUCAUUCAUCGACAGGAUUAUCACCAUAGAACAAAGUUUCCAGUUGUAAAGGGAGUAUAUAAUAUAUGAUCACUUUCAUUGUGUACAAUGGAAAGAUAUUUCUGUGUCAUUGAAUUUUACUGUGGGAUACAUAGAGAAAAAAUCAAAGAAAAAAAAAAAAAUAUUGAAAUAAGGAGAUCUAGAGGCUUGUUCUUGCAAUACAUUAUUGUUUUGAUAUUGGAUCUAAUCCUCCUUGCUCAAAGUUAA